CUCGACAGUAUCUCUAGAUCGGCCACCACGUUACAGGUCAAAGCAGACGGACAAGAUGUCAGGCCAAGGCGAAACCUUCUAUCUCCGCUAUUACUCGGGUCACUCUGGGCGGUUCGGACAUGAGUUCCUAGAAUUCGACUUCCGCACCCUCGGCGAUGGCCGUAGUGCCGCCGUACGAUAUGCCAACAAUUCCAACUACCGCAAUGAUUCCCUCAUCCGCAAAGAAAUGUGCGUCAGUGCGGCAAUGAUCCAGGAGGUCAAGCGCAUCAUCAAGGAGAGUGAGAUCAUGAAGGAGGACGACUCCAAGUGGCCUCAGAAGAACAAGGAUGGACGUCAGGAGUUGGAAAUCCGGUUGGGCAACGAACAUAUCUCCUUCGAGACCGCGAAAAUCGGCUCCUUAGUGGACGUGACCGAAUCCGCCGACCCGGAAGGACUCCGCGUCUUCUACUACCUGGUGCAAGAUCUGAAGGCACUCAUCUUCUCUCUAAUCUCUCUUCAUUUCAAGAUCAAGCCCAUUUAAAUCCACACGCGAUGGUGAGACGGAGCAGGACACAUGUUGGGAUAGGCGUUUCUUUAUGCUUGGUUUAAGACUUUCCAAAAUGAUAGCGAAUGUACCUGAAUCUUUGA